AUGACCGUGUUGCAUCCUUUUGAUCCUCUCACUCCGGCGGAGAUCUCCAAGGCGGCUGAAAUUGUCCGCUCCCGGUAUAUGGGCCAGGAUGUGAACUUUCGAGUGAUCACCCUGAAGGAGCCUCCAAAGAAUGAGAUGAUUGCAUUUCUGGAUGAGGAGCAUCGGAAGCGGCCUACAAACCGGGUGCCGAUCCGUAGCGCACGCGUUGAGAUAACGCUCAAGACUGAGGCGGGCGGCAAUGAGCUACACGAGUUUCACGUCAAUCUCACAGAUAACUCUAUUCUCAAGCAUCAAGCCUUGAAGGGAAAGCACUCAUACAUCGAUUCCGAAUACAUGAAAGAAGUGGAGAAUGCAUGCAUGGCUGACCAGAGAGUGCAAGAUGAGAUACGAAAGUUGAAUCUGCCUCAAGGUGCGUCGGUUGUUGUGGAGCCUUGGGCAUAUGCGACUGAUGGACAGAACGACAUGUCAAAGCGUAUCUCCAUGUGUUGGUUCUACCUUCGCCUCCUCGAGCACCAAGAUGCCAACUACUAUGCAUACCCGCUAGACAUAUGUGCGGAGAUAUCCGAAGAACUAAAAAUCAUCAAAGUCUAUCGGCUUCCAUCAUCGCCUGAUGAAACAAUCCACAAUGAGGAUCGUCCUUUUGAUCGUCGAAAGAUACACUCGACCACUGAAAGCGAAUACCAUCCUGACUUGCGGUCGAGCCCUCGAUCUUCAACCAAACCCUAUCAGGUGGUUCAACCGGAGGGUCCUUCCUUCAAGGUCCGGGGCAAUCUACUGAAUUGGGAGAAGUGGUCGUUCCGGGUGGGGUUCAACUACCGAGAGGGACUGACGCUCCAUGACAUUCGCUAUGACGGACGCAGCCUAUUCUACCGUCUAUCACUUGCCGAGAUGUUCGUGCCAUACGGUGAUCCACGAGCGCCGUAUCCGAGAAAGGCUGCAUUUGAUCUGGGCAACGAUGGCGCCGGGAUCAACGCCAAUAACCUGAAACUUGGAUGCGAUUGUCUGGGUACGAUCAAAUAUUUUGAUGCCUGGCACAACACACGAUCCGGAGAGCCCAUGAAGCUCCCGAACGUAGUCUGCUGCCAUGAGCAAGACGACGGCAUACUAUGGAAGCAUACCAACUUCCGCACCGGUCAUGCGGUGGUGGCACGGUCUCGAAUACUAGUCCUACAGACCAUCAUAACUGUCAGCAACUACGAGUACAUUUUCGCCUUCCACUUUUGCCAGGAUGCAUCGAUCUUCUACGAGGUUCGUGCUACCGGGAUUUUGUCCACCGUACCGACCAACUAUGGAGACGGCAGCAAGAUUCCAUACGGCACUGUUGUGGCGCCGGGCGUCCUUGCGCCCUACCACCAACACUUGUUCUGUCUCCGCAUCGACCCUGCUAUCGACGGAAACAAGAAUUCAGUAUCGAUCGAGGAGUCUGAAGCGAUGCCUGUUGGCGACAGUAACCCAUUCGGUGCGGGCUACGUGACCAAGAGCCAUUAUAUCGAAAAAGAAGGCGGAUUUGACCUUGACUUUACGAAAGCGCGAACAUUCAAGUUCGUCAAUGAAUCCAAGAUCAAUCCUACGACCAACACAGCAGUCGGCUUCAAGCUCUUGCCCUUCUACAGUCAAAUGCUCCUCGCACACAAAGACUCCUUCCACGCGAGGCGCUCAGAAUACGGGCAACACGCAGUGUGGGUGACCAAGUACCGAGACGACGAGCUCUUCCCAUCGGGGCGGUACACGAUGCAGUCGAUGGGAGGCGACGGGAUCGCGUCAGCCAUCCAGAAACGUGCAGCGUCUGAUGACGAAGCUGCGGUCAGGAACAGCGACGUGGUUGUGUGGCACACGUUCGGCUCUACACACAAUCCCCGCAUCGAGGACUGGCCCGUAAUGCCUAAUGAGAAGAUGGUGGUGGGGCUGAAGCCUGUCAACUUUUUCUCCGGAAAUCCGGGCCUCGAUGUCGCUCCGUCGACGCAGGAGACGAACAAGAGCGUGCUGUAUACGGGAGAGGAUAGCGGCCCCAGUUGCGGUGCGUCCAGGCUGUAG